AUGGCAGACCAGAAGCGUCUUGCCUACUCCAUCAUCCAGUUCCUGCAGGAGCAGCUGCACAAUGGGAGCAUGUCUCCAGAUGCUCAGGAGAGCCUGGAAGUGGCCAUCCAGUGCCUGGAGACUGCCUUUGGGGUGUCCAUGGAGGACCAAGGCCUGGCUGUGUCCCAGACUCUCCCCGAGAUAUUCGAAGCUGUGGCAGGGAAGGAGCUGGAGCACAGCAGGAUGAACUCGGAGCCCAUCACCCCCUCUGAGGAUGACAUAGUUGAGGCUGAGAGGCUCAAGACUGAAGGGAAUGAGCAGAUGAAGGCAGAGAACUUCGAGGCUGCUGUGAGCUUCUACGGCAAAGCCAUAGAGCUCAACCCUGCCAAUGCCGUCUACUUCUGCAACAGAGCUGCUGCCUACAGUAAACUUGGGAAUUACGCUGGUGCAGUGAGAGACUGUGAACGAGCCAUAGGCAUCGACCCCAACUACAGCAAAGCCUAUGGCAGGAUGGGCUUGGCUCUCUCCAGCUUAAACAAACACACUGAGGCUGUUGUGUACUACAAAAAAGCUCUGGAGUUGGAUCCAGACAAUGAUACCUACAAAUCCAACCUCAAAAUAGCUGAACAGAAGAUGAAAGAGACUCCCAGUCCAACGGGAGGCCCAGGGGGAUUUGACCUGGCUGGUUUGCUCAACAACCCUGGAUUCAUGAGCAUGGCAUCAAACCUAAUGAACAACCCCCAAGUACAACAGCUCAUGUCUGGGAUGAUUUCAGGAGGCCACAACACCAUGGGAGCCACUGGCACCAGCCCCUCCACCAACGACCUUGCCAGUCUCAUCCAGGCGGGUCAGCAGUUUGCCCAGCAAAUGCAGCAGCAGAACCCUGAACUAAUAGAGCAGCUCCGGAGUCAGAUCAGGAGUCGAACUCCAAGUGCCAGUAACGAGGAUGAGCACUCCAG